UGCCUCAGUUCAUGCACAACACGUGUUCACUGUUGUCCUUUUAAUAGUUGUUGUUGACAAAUAGUUUAAAUUAAUUUUUCUCGCGUUGGAAUAAUGUCUGAGGAUCCUAGAGUGACUGUUUCAAAUGAGGACAACGAUGGGACAAAUGGGAAUCCAUACGAGUACCUCAAUCGGGAGGAUUUCACCUCUGAGAAGUACAAAAUAGAGAUUCAGGGGCUGCCCAAGUACUACGGGAUGAAGGAGUUGAAGAAUUUGUUGAAUAACAAAUUGGAAUUGGACUCGAGCAAAGUGAAACCACCAAAAAAAGGGAGUGGAUGGCUUUUUGUUUGUUUCAAGAGUGAAGAAGCUGUGGAGAGGGCUAUCAACACGAUCAACGGAAUGACUUGGAAAAAUUGCAAACUGAUGGCAAGGAAAGCGAAACCAGCACCGGACCCCUUCAUAAAACGAAAAAUCGAGUCCCAAAAUGACUCGUCGAAGAAACAAAAACUUGAAGAGUCAGAAACAAUUUCCCCUGAGCUUCAAGUAAAAGCCAGCACAACUCCUCUCUGGAACAUUCCGUACCCCAAACAACUGGAGAUAAAAUUCAAGGAAAUACGAUCAGUCGUGGAGAAACUGGGUCAAACAAUUUGGAAGCAGAAUGCCCCACUCUCCAAGUGGAUCCAGCAACAAGAAAUCAAGAAUGAUGGCCUGAUUUGUGAGCUGUUGCCAAUACUCAGUGCAGAUGAGACUGAGGAAUAUAGAAAUAAGUGUGAAUUCACAGUUGGAAAAAGUCGAGACGGUAAGGAAAUCGUCAUAGGCUUCAGGUUGUCCAGCUAUGCAGCUGGAUCCACUGCAGUGGGACCCAUCGAUGACCUGUGUCACAUCCCCAAGAGCAUGAAAACCGCUGUCAAAUUGUUUCAAGAAUUCAUCAGGGAUUCCAAACUGGAACCCUACGAUCCUGUCAAUCAUCAGGGGUACUGGAGUCAAAUCACUGCCAGAACCACAAGAUUGAAUCAUCUCAUGUUGAUUAUCGUUAUUCAUCCUCAGGAGUUGAGUGAUGGAGAGUUGACAACCUUGAAGGAAAGUAUCUGCAGGUUUUUCGAGGAGGAAGGAAAGGAGGCCAACGUGACUUCCUUGUACUUCCAGACAAUCACGAGAAGAGACCCUAGGGGAGAAGGAGGCGGCUCACUCGAGCAUCUGAGUGGCUCUGAGUAUAUUGAAGAGAAAUUACUGGACAUGAAAUUCAGGGUCUCCCCUCAGGCGUUUUUUCAAGUUAAUUCAAAAGGAGCUGAGAUUCUCUAUGAAGCAGCGAUAGAUUUAGCUAAACCGAAUAAAAAUACAUCGGUGUUGGAUGUCUGCUGUGGAACUGGAACUAUUGGACUAGCCUUCUCGAAGCAUUGUGGAGAAGUUCUGGGGUUGGAAAUGGUACCGGGUGCAAUAAAAGACGCGAGGGAGAACGCAAAGGCGAAUAAUGUCGACAAUUGCGAAUUUUUUGUGGGGAAAGCCGAGGAUAUACUUAAAACUGUUCUCCAGAGAACUACAAAGCCUGACGUUGUGGCUGUUGUCGACCCCCCACGUGCAGGAUUGCAGCAACAGGCAGUUCUCGCCCUUCGCAAAACAAAUUCAUUGAAAAGGUUGAUCUACAUCUCGUGCGACCCCAAAGCUGCGAUCAAAAAUCUCGUGGAUUUAGCGCGACCAACGUCAAAACAAUACAGUGGAGAUCCCCUGGUGCCUGUCAAAGCCGUACCUGUUGAUAUGUUUCCUCAUACUAAUCAUUGUGAAUUGAUAUUUUUGCUAGAGAGAGUGUCCGUAGUGGAGGAGAAAAAAUAAAUG